AUGGUAGCCAACGGUUGUUUCACAUCACCAAGAGGACUUCUGAAUCAGAAUUCUUUUCGUAAGCUCAAACUUCACUCGGAUCGUGGAGAUGGAAACUCUCCUCAUGGAAUCGCGGAUCCCUUGCUUUCUCAACACUUGCUCGAGGGAUAUUCUGAAGAAGAGCUCCAGGAGUAUCGUCAAGUCUUCAACAUGUUUGACGCAGACCGAAGCGGAGCAAUCGCCAUUGACGAGCUGGAGGCAGCUAUCAAGAAUUUGGGAUUGGAGCAAACAAGAGACGAGUUAGACAAGAUUAUCGACGAGGUCGAUCAACGUGGAAACCAUCAAAUCGACUUCGACGAGUUCUGCGUGGUUAUGAGAAGACUCACCAUGAAGAAGAGCAACUGGAAUGAGGUUGUCAAAGAGUGCUUCACCGUUUUCGAUCGCUCGGAGAACGGUGGAAUCUCGAAGAAAGACUUCCGCUACAUUCUUCGUGAGCUGGGAGACAUAACCGACAAUCAGAUCAUCGACGAGAUUUUCAACGAGGCUGAUGUUGAUGGAAACGGAGUCAUUGACUAUGACGAGUUCACUUAUAUGGUCAAGAACUACAUGACCGACGACGAUAUCGUUUAA